GGCGGAGGGAGGCCGGGAGCCACUCCAGGUGGGUGACAGGCCAAGGAGAGAGCCCGACCACCCCGUCAGCCCGUCUGUCUGUCUGUCUGUCUGUCUCUCUGUCCCGGGUGGUUCUAAGAAACUAGAAUGAACCGGAGCAUUCCCGUGGAGGUUGACGAAUCAGAGCCAUACCCAAGCGAGUUAUUGAAACCCAUCCCAGAAUAUUCCCUGGGGGAGGAACCAGCACUGCCUGCUCCAGAUCAAAGGAAUAUGGCCCCCUACAGCAGGGCCACCUCCCAAACCUCUCCCUCUUCCUCGGGAGACUUUUCUCCGGCUCACCCACCUCUGAAACUCUCCGAGCACCAGCGGCCCAUGUCCCAGCGAAUGGCCCAGCUGCGCACUAGAGUCCUGGAGGAAAGUGAAGACAGCUUCUGGAGGAGGCACCCAGAUCCUGGCAAAGAUUUCCCUUCAGGGUCCUCUGCAGCCAGCAAGCCUGACACCGUGUCUGUGGUCAGAGGUCACCCCACAGAGCAUCAGUUUUCAUUUAUGGAUAAACAUCAUCCGUGGCUGGAAUCUCAGCUUCCGGCAGCUUCUCCUGACACUGGCCAUGACUCAGACAAAUCAGACCAGAGCUUACCUCAUACCUCAGUAGAGUCCUGGGGGAAUAGUCAAGUGACCGUGCAGCGACCCCAACUCCACAGGAACCGCGUGGCCCCAGAUCUGCCGACGAUAGACACGGGGUACGAUUCCCAGCCCCAGGACAUCCUGGGUAUCAGGCAGCUGGAAAGGCCCCUGCCCCUCACUUCGGUAUGUUACCCCGUAGACCUUCCCAGACCGCUGAGGUCUAGGGAGUUCCAUCCAUUUGAAGUGCAGAGAUAUCCCGCACAGAUGCUGCUUCCCAACCCUUCCCCGAACGCUCCCUGGAACAAUCAUUACCACUGCCCUGGAGGACCCGAUCACCAGGUGCCAUAUGGCCAGGAGUACCCUAGGGCAGCCUACCAACAAGUGAUCCAGCCAGCCCUGCCUGGGCAGCCCCUACCUGGAGCCAGUGGGAGGGGCCCACACCUCGUGCAGAGAGUCUUCUUGAAUUAUCCGACUCCCUGGGACCAAGAAGAGAGACCUGUCCAUGGAGACUUCUCCCCGCCAGGGAUCCCAAGGUACCAGGACCCACCACACAAGCCGCCACCUCACAGAGCCAGAGCUUCUGAGGAGUCCUUGGAGGGUCCCACAGAGCUGAGAGCACAAGGACCCCAAGCUUUAUCCCCAGCUGCUGUUCCUAGACCCCCUAGUAACCUUCCAGUCAGAGGAACCCUGAAAACCAGCAAUUUGCCAGAAGAAUUACGGAAAGUCUUUAUCACUUACUCUAUGGACACAGCCAUGGAGGUGAUGAAAUUUGUGAACUUCUUAUUGACAAAUGGCUUCCAAACUGCGAUUGACAUGUUUGAGGAUAGGAUCCGAGGCAUUGAUAUCAUUAAGUGGAUGGAACGUUACCUCAGGGAUAAGACAGUGAUGAUAAUCGUGGCAAUCAGCCCCAAAUACAAACAGGAUGUGGAAGGCGCUGAGUCGCUGCUGGACGAGGACGAGCACGGCUUACAUACUAAGUACAUUCAUCGCAUGAUGCAGAUUGAGUUCAUCAAACAAGGAAGCAUGAAUUUCAGAUUCAUUCCUGUGCUCUUCCCAAAUGCUAAGAAGGAGCACGUGCCCACCUGGCUGCAAAACACUCACGUCUACAGCUGGCCCAAGAACAAGAAAAACAUCCUGCUGCGGCUGCUCCGAGAGGAGGAGUACGUGGCACCUCCCCGGGGCCCUCUGCCCACCCUCCAGGUGGUUCCCUUGUGACCUAGCAGCCCAGGCUCACUGGGGGCCACCAUGCCACCUUGGGGGCCUAUUCUUACAAGCAUCUUCUCCUGGAGGCUAGCUGGCAGCAUUCGCUGCUGCUGCUUGUUCUCUGUGCCUCCCCAAGUGGCCUCCAACCCCAGGAAACUGCUCUGCAGAGGACACUUCUUCCUGCACCCGGACACAGCCCGGCUGAGAAACAGGACUUGGCCAUUUCGCUUUCUCUCCUGAAAAUCCACUGCAUGUCCUUCUACUCUGAUGCAUUUGUCCUGGGCCCUUUGGUGCUUCAGCAAAUAGAUAAGUGACGUUGCAAUAAAUGUAAACAACCACAACACUUUCCCCUCACUUCCUAUACGAGUUAACCAAAUGCUUCUGUGUCCCCAAACUGAUUCAUGUACAAAUAAUAAAAUGCUGUUUUAUAAGCUUUUGUUUCACUUAUCUCAAAUGAGAUAGAUAUUAAUUUAUAAUAUGGGCAGUUGCUUUCAGGGACAGCAAUAAAACCUCUUGGAUAAAUGAAAUAAACUAGCUG